AUGAACGCAGUGAAGUGUGGUGGUGGUGGUGGUGGUCAUGUUAGCGAUCGUAGAAGUGGGGUGGUGCUCAUUGGCGCAGUGGUAAGUGUCUUGGCGGAGAGGGUGGCCAGGCGAGGGUUCGGUUCCGGCCAAGGGCAGUACACGGCAAUGAUGUUAGAUGAAUUUCUUCAACUGAACGGACUACUCACCCAUUGGGUGGUGUCUGCAAGGUGGACACAAUAA